AUGGAAAGCGCCCUGAUGCUUCUUGUCUUCUGGUGGCUCAUUGGGAAGAGCCAACUGGUCUCAGGUUCGCCUGUUGUUUCACAGGAUACUCCAAUUAUCAGUCCACAAAAAGACAUACUUACCAUAACAGCAAAUUCGAGUCUUCAACUUACUUGCAGGGGCCAGAGGGACUUGGACUGGCUGUGGCCCAACAAUCAGGGCACUUCUGAUAAUCGGGUAGUGGUGACUGACUGCUGGGAUGCUCCCUUUUGUAAGAUGCUCACAAUUUCAAAAGUGAUAGGAAAUGAUACUGGAGCCUACAAGUGCCUGAACCAAGACAAUGAUGUGAGCUCAAGCAUUUACGUCUACGUUCAAGAUUACAGAUCUCCAUUUAUUUCAUCAGUGAGUGACCAACAUGGGGUCAUAUACAUCACAGAAAACAAAAACAAAACAGUUAUAAUCCCAUGCCUUGGAUCCAUAGCAAACCUCAACGUGUCACUUUAUGCAAAGUAUCCAGAAAAAAGGUUUGUUCCUGAUGGUGAAAAAAUUUUCUGGGAUAGCAAAAUAGGCUUCACCCUUCCCAGCUACAUGAUAAGUUAUGCAGGCAUGGUCUUCUGUGAGGCAAAAAUCAAUGAUGAAAGCUACCAGUCUCUUAUGUACAUCGUUGUAGUUGUUGGAUACAGAAUUUACGAGCUGGCUCUGAGUCCUCCCCACAGUGUGGAACUGGCUGUUGGAGAAAAGCUGGUUCUAAAUUGCACAGCAAGGACAGAACUCAAUGUGGGGAUUCACUUUCACUGGGAACAUCCUUCUUUGAAGCCUGAAAUACGGGAUCUGAAAGCUCCAUUUGGAAGUGAGCUUAAGAAAUUUUUAAGCACCUUGACUAUAGAACAUGUAACCCGAAGUGAUCAGGGCUGGUACAUCUGUGAAGCUUCUAGUGGGCUGAUGACCAAGAAAAACAGCACAUAUGUCACUGUCCAUGAAAAGCCUUUUGUUGCCUUUCAUAGUGGAAUGGAAUCUUUGGUAGAAGCCAAGUUGGGUGAGCGGGUCAGAAUUCCUGUGAAGUAUGUGGGCUAUCCACCACCCGAAAUAAAGUGGUACAAAAAUGGAAAGGCCAUUGAAAGCAAUCAUACAGUUAAAGUUGGCCAUACUUUGACAAUUACAGAAGCAAGUGAAAAGGAUGCAGGAAAUUACACUGUUCUCCUCACCAACCCCAUCACAAAGGAGAGACAGAGCCAUGUGGUCUCUCUGGUGGUGAAUGUUCUACCCCAGAUCGGUGAGAAAUCUCUGGUUGCCCCUGUGGAUUCCUACCACUACGGCUCAAUGCAAACGCUGACAUGUACUGUCUACGCCGUUCCUCCACCACUCGAUAUCCAAUGGUAUUGGCAAUUGGAAGAAGCAUGCACUUACAACCCCAGGCAAGCUGGCUUAGUGACAAACCCCUACACCUGCAGAGAGUGGAAAAACAUGGAGGACCUGACUGGGGGGAAUCCCAUUGAAGUAGUCAAGAAUCAAUUUGUCAUAAUUGAUGGAAAAAACAAAACUGUGAGCACCCUUGUGAUUCAAGCAGCCAAUGUGUCAGCUCUGUACAAAUGUGAAGCCAUCAACAAAGCAGGACGCAGUGAGAGAAUUAUCUCCUUUCAUGUGACAAGGGGUCUUGAAAUUAAUUUUCAACCUGGCAAUCAGCCCACUGAGCAGGAGAACGUGUCUUUGUGGUGCACUGCAGAAAAAUCAACAUUUGAGAACCUCACCUGGUACAAAAUCAGCCCAAGGGCUUCUCAGGACCACCUGGGAGAGCUACCCAUGCCUGUCUGCAAGAGCUUGGAUGCCCUUCUGAAAAUGAAUGCCACAAUGAUCUCUAAUAGCACAAGUGACAUUGUGAUCAUGGAGCUGCAGAACAUAUCGUUGCAAGAUCAGGGGGACUAUGUCUGCUUGGCUCAGGACAAGAAGACUAAGAAAAGACAUUGUGUCGUCAGGCAUCUUACUGUGCAAGAGCGUGUAGCACCCACAAUUGCAGGAAACUUGGAGAACCAGACAACAAACAUUGGUGAAACCAUUGAGGUUUCUUGUCCAGCCUCUGGAAUUCCUCCUCCCCAGAUUACAUGGUUUAAAGAUAAUGAAACCCUUGUAGAGGACUCAGGAAUUGUAUUAAAAGACGGAAACCGAAACCUAACUAUCCGUCGGGCAAGGAAAGAAGAUGGAGGUCUCUACACCUGUCAUGCUUGUAAUGUCCUUGGAUGCACAAAGGCAGAGACUCUCAUCAUGGUAGAAGGUGCUCAGGAGAAGACAAACCUGGAGCUCAUUAUUCUAGUUGGCACAGCCGUGAUUGCCAUGUUCUUCUGGCUGCUUCUUGUCAUCAUCCUCCGGACCAUUAAACGGGCCAAUGGAGGGGAACUAAAGACUGGAUACUUGUCUAUCAUCAUGGAUCCUGAUGAACUGCCCUUAGAUGAGCACUGUGAGCGCCUUCCCUACGAUGCCAGCAAGUGGGAAUUCCCCAGAGACCGGCUGAAGCUAGGCAAACCUCUUGGUCGCGGUGCCUUUGGUCAAGUACUGGAAGCUGAUGCCUUUGGAAUUGACAAGACAGCAACAUGUAGAACAGUCGCCGUCAAAAUGCUGAAAGAGGGAGCAACACAAAGCGAACAUCGAGCUCUCAUGUCUGAGUUAAAGAUCCUCAUUCAUAUUGGCCACCAUCUCAAUGUGGUUAAUCUUCUUGGUGCUUGUACCAAGCCAGGAGGGCCACUCAUGGUGAUUGUAGAAUACUGCAAGUUUGGAAACUUGUCAACUUACUUAAGAAGCAAGAGGGAUGAAUUUGUCCCCUACAAGACCAAAAGUUCACGGUUCCGACAGGGAAAGGACAACUAUGUGGGGGAAAUCCCUGUGGACCCUAAACGCCGAUUGGACAGCAUUACCAGUAGCCAGAGCUCAGCAAGUUCAGGGUUUGUGGAGGAGAAAUCCCUCAGUGAUGUGGAGGAGGAGGAAGCUGCUGAAGACCUGUGCAAGAACCCUUUAAGCUUGGAACACCUCAUCUGUUACAGUUUCCAGGUGGCCAAGGGCAUGGAGUUUUUGGCAUCACGAAAAUGUAUCCACCGGGACUUAGCAGCUCGGAACAUCCUCUUGGCAGAGAAAAACGUGGUCAAAAUCUGUGACUUUGGCUUGGCCCGGGACAUUUACAAAGACCCAGAUUAUGUCAGGAAAGGAGAUGCUCGACUCCCUUUGAAAUGGAUGGCCCCUGAAACCAUUUUUGAUAGAGUAUACACAAUUCAGAGUGACGUGUGGUCCUUUGGAAUUUUGCUCUGGGAAAUAUUUUCCUUAGGUGCCUCCCCAUAUCCUGGAGUAAAAAUUGAUGAGGAAUUUUGCAGAAGAUUGAAAGAAGGAACUCGAAUGAGAGCCCCUGAAUAUACUACCCCUGAAAUGUACCAAACCAUGCUAGACUGCUGGCAUGGAGAGCCCAAGCAGAGACCUACAUUUUCAGAACUCGUGGAGCAUUUGGGGAAUUUGCUGCAGGCCAGUGCUCAACAGGAUGGUAAAGACUACAUUGUCCUUCCUAUAUCAGAAUCGUUGAGCAUGGAAGAGGAUUCUGGACUCUCUUUGCCAACCUCACCUGUUUCCUGUAUGGAAGAAGAGGAAGUGUGUGAUCCUAAAUUCCAUUAUGACAACACAGCAGGAAUUAGUCAGUAUCUGCAAAGUAGCAAGAGGAAAAGCCGAUCCGUGAGUGUAAAAACAUUUGAAGAUAUCCCGUUGGAACCAGAAAUAAAAGUAAUCCCAGAUGACAACCAGACUGACAGUGGGAUGGUUCUUGCUUCAGAAGAAUUGAAGACACUGGAGGACAGAUCCAAACUAGCUACACCAUUUAGUGCAUUAAUGCCCAGUAAAAGCAAAGAGUCUGUGACAUCUGAAGCUUCCAACCAGACCAGUGGCUACCAGUCAGGGUAUCAUUCUGAUGAUACAGACACCCCUGUUUACUCGAGUGAAGAGACAGAACUCUUAAAACCUGGGGAAAGUGAACCCCAGUCCUGCAGUGCACAAACACUUCAACCUGACUCUUGGAUGCCGCUGAACUCACCUCCUGUUUAAAAUCAAAGCGUUGCCUCCAUCCCCCCACAACUGGAAACCACAUGGAUUGUCCUGGAGAGGCACUGCUCAAAUAUUGGAAUGCUAUUGUUUUCCUAUCAAAGAGAUAGCACCUAUUUGAUUCUUGUACCAAAAAUUUAAAAAAAAAAAAAAAAAAAAAAAAAAAAAAGGAGGACCUCAGUUACCAGGAAGCCAGUGGAACAGUAAUGAGUGACAAAGAAUUUUGCUGGGAAGAAGUUGGUGACUCAACAAUGAAUGUUUUAAAGGCACGAAUCUGCCUUGGCUUUAUCUUCUCUCUUCAUUCCUUUGUUCAUUCACUUAUUCCAAAAACAUUUAUGAAGCCUCUACUUUGUGGCCAGCUUUGGUCAGUACAAAUGAAGUAGAAGAAAUGGUCCCUGCCUUCAAGGAACUUGAAAAUUAGUUGGGAAAUCAAGAUGCGACGUGGCCGGAAUAAUUCAAGGCAUUUCAAGUGCCAUAGAACUUUGGGAAAGGGAAAUUUUAUGGCGGAUUGUGGUUAGUCUAGGGAGGUUUUAUAGAAGAGAUUGGUCUCAAGCUGAGCCUUAGAGGAAGCAGGCUGUAUUUGGAUAGGUAAAGAAUUAGCCGGUAAUAUUCCGUCACUUUAAAUGGAUUUGGGAGCCCCUAAGGGGAGCUGACUGACAAGGAGCUGGGAGGGAGAUGGACUGGGAAAUGUGAAGACCUCAGAUGAGGGUAUUGUGAUUAGUGGGUGGCGUGCUCUUUCCCAACUAUGCUAAAUGAGAGUCCCUGAUGCUGUUUCCGACUAUGCUAAAUGAGAGCUCCUUCCGGUCCUUUAUGUAUUUCCAGGCCAAACGAACUCCAGGAAGGAAAAGAUAUGACUCUGGUUCCUUGUCUCCCAGGCUGAUUCUUUAUUCAGAACACCACAAAGAAAGGGAAACUUUCAGUCUAAAACUCCCAGCCAUUUAUAAGGCUUCCGAGCCAGAGUCCUUCGGGCUCUUGUUGGUCUUCCCUGAAUGGAAAGCACAUGUGGCUUUGUGGAACGUAUUCUGUUAGGGGCUAAGCAUCAUUUGGCUCAAGGCAGCACCAUGAAGAAAGAAAUUUGUCUUUGCAUUUCCCCCCAAUAUCUUAGUUAUUUGGCCACUCCUGCUCCAGGAAAUGGACUUGGGUUUGUUCAUUGUUUGAAAAAUUGUUAAGCCAAGCUUCCAAACGACAUCUUUGUAGCCAGAGAUCUAAUAACAUCCAUUGUAUAUUUAGAUUUUUAACCUAUAAAGCUAUUUCUACUGGUUUUCUGCCUUCCUCUCCCUUUUCUUAAAAAAAAAAGAAAAGAAAAAUGUAUUUUUUGUACUAUAGUGUGAAAUGCUGGGAACUUUGACUAUAAAACAUGAUAUGGCAAUACAGUAUUUAUAUAGCCUGUUUAUGUAGAAACAAAUGUAAUAUAUUAAAAUAUGUUCUAUAUAAUGAA